AUGGUGCCACACACCUCCAUUCCCCCCUCCUCGCUGUCAGAUGUCGUAGCUGGCACUCGGCUUGCGGACCCCGCCUUCUCAAAAUCAGAAAUCGACUCAAACGGGGUGUUGCAUGUGAAGGGGUACUCACUCACCUUCUCUCCCCCCAUGCUUCACCCUUCUCUCCACUUUUUCUUGACUUCGGUCCUCAAGCGGUUGGGCCACAUCGAUGCAGACGAGGUGGUGCAGCUCAAGGGCCACUCACCCCUCCUCCCCCCUUCCCUUCCCAAACCUCUUUUCUUAUGCUACAACCUUCCUUCCCAUCUCUCCUCUCUAGCUCUCGCUCUUCAAAUCCGAGCUCUCACUCUUCAAAUCCGAGCUCCGAAAUUGUUCAAGGGUGCUGAAACGCCUUGGCCACAUCGAUGCAUACGGGGUGGUGCAGCUGAGGGCUGGGCAGCGUGUGUCGUCAUGACAGGCAAAGAGCUAGUGGUGGUGGGGUUUAUGGCAGGCAGCGAGCUGGUGGUGGUGGGGUUUAUGGCAGGCAGCGAGCUGGUGGUGUUGGGGUUUAUGGCAGGCAGCGAGCUGGUGGUGGUGGGGUUUAUGGCAGGCAGCGAGCUGGUGGUGGUGGGGUUUAUGGCAGGCAGCGAGCUGGCGGUGGUGGGGUUUAUGGCAGGCAGCGAGCUGGUGGUGGUGGGGUUUAUGGCAGGCAGCAAGCUAGUGGUGGUGGGGUUUAUGGCAGGCAGCGAGUUGGUGGUGGUGGGGUUUAUGGCAGGCAGCAAGCUGGUGGUGGUGAGGUUUAUGGCAGGCAGCGAGCUGGUGGUGGUGGGGUUUAUGGCAGGCAGCGAGCUGGUGGUGGCGGGGUUUAUGAUUCAAGGGGCACUCUUUCACCUCCCCUCUGCUCCCCUCUUCCCCCAUUCUCCACCCUUCUCUCCACCCUUCCCUCCACCUAUCUUGCAGCUCUCCCUGUUCAAGUCAGAGCUGAGAAAUCGCUCACGAGUGCUCAAGCGCCUGGGCCACAUCGACUCGGACGGAGUGGUGCAGCUAAAGGGCCGGGUGGCGUGCGUCGUCACUACAGGCGACGAGCCGCUGGUGACGGAGCUCAUGCUGGAGGGGGCGUUCAACACCAUAGACCCUCACCAGCUCGUGGUUGUUGCUAGUUGUUUUCUGCCCUCUGGGAAUUCGAAUGAAGAGCAGGUGAGGUAG